CUACCGCUGAGUGCACUUUGGCUCUGGGAGCAACAAGUCAACACAUCGCUCCUAUAUAAACAGGCCCGGCCAGUGGUGCUUCUUACUCUAUUUUCUUCUUCACUUCAUUUCUGGAGGGGAAUACAACACAGGGGGCACCAUGAACAAGCUGCUGGUCAUUACAGUGCUGGUCACAUUCCUUGCUCUCAGCGCUGAAAGCUUCCGUGUGCCGAGGCAGGCCGAGGAAGAGCAGGGGACCAUGACCAGGAUCACAAAUACCAUCAGGUCCUACUACGACAGCGCCGUCAACACUGCCAGUGACUACCUGCAAAGCAUCAAGGGCAUGAAGGUGGAGGAGAAGGCAAAGAAUCUUUACACUGAUACUACCAAAGCUGUGAGCACCUACAUUGGAAUUAUGAAUGACCAGCUUUACUACAUCCUUUACCCCCAGUAGUUAACAAAAAAUGAUUUCCAAGUACGUCAGCAACCUUUUAAGACAGAACAA